AUGACACAACCAUCGCCACCGCCUGCAAGCCAUUACGGCGGCCAUAAAGACAACCAUGACCCAAUCCAACUCGAUCGGACUGUCCCGACCCACUCACGUCCUGCACAGAUACACCCUGACAACCUCCACGACCUCUAUGAGCUCAUCACUACAGCCAAGCACCUAGUUGAUUGCUGUGGCGUGUAUACCCCUCGACUACGAGAAGCACUAUCUUACGAACUCAUGACGGCGAAAUCUCUGAUUGCAGAAGUCCAAGGAAUAGAGGAAGAACCUAGGCAAGACGUUGUCACACUGAGAGAUGAAACCGCGAUGCUAAAGGGGAAAGACAAGACGUUGUGCGGUGAGAAUGCGGCGCGGAAUGGGGAUUUUGAUGCUGGAGGAAAUGUGAUGCAGGUGUUCGUAGAGGAGGCAUCUCUAAAAAAAGACGAUAUGCAAGAGACUGAGCAUGAGGCAGCUGGUCAUUAUUUCGAGGGUGGAUGGGAAGACUUGGCGAAGUUUUGGCGAGAUGGCAUGCCUCUGGAUUAUGCCUCAAGGCCGGAAACCGAAAACCGACUUACAGAUGCGAAUCUCUCAAACAUGGCAUAUUGGUUCGAACGUAGCAACGCGCCCAGCCCCGAGCAGCGACAGCCAUGGCACAACGACAGAGAAACAAUACGGCAGAUCGAAACGGAGAGGUCCAUCAUCCAGCUCAAGGACCGCUUAGAGAGAACGGAGAUGCAAAUUAAGCAUCUGACAAAUCGACUCGAUGCCCAAGAAACAGAGUGGAAGCUGGCUGUUGAGAGCAUACCGGUAUUGCUUGGGGCAAUCUAUGGCGACCGAGAAGAAGAGAAAGACGACGGCGACGACGACGACGAUGAGCCGUACUAUACAUGUAGUGAAGGCUUGGACGAGUUUGAAAGCGCAGAUGAGAACAUACCGUUAAGAGGUGCUAUGGGUGGUCGGGACGAAGACGAAGAGUUUGUGUACGACUAUGGAGGGUACACAAAUUGGGAUCAGGCGGAUUUACUGGCGCGUGACGAGGCUGAGAGUAUUGAUGACAAGGAUGAGAUUAUCCCGGAGUUGAGACAAAAAGUCGAACAAUUAGAGGCGCAGAUUCAUACGCUCUCAGUAGCGGCGCACCGAGAAGAUCUCUUCCAAUCAACCGAUUCCCAUAUAACGGCCAAGGACGGCGACAGUAAAGCAGCGAAUAUUCCCAAGCAAACUCCUUCUGACCCGGUCUUAGCGUCCAUCUUCUAUCAAAAGAAGAAAGGAGACAAAAAUAUCAACUUACGUGGCGGCAGUGCCGAAGCAGAAUCUGAAGGCAACGGCAGUUACGAUCAUGCUAGCGCUGAAGUUCGUAGCUCCAUGUCAGUAUCACCGCAUCUUCUUUGCCAGCGAGCCACGUCACGAGUCGGAGAUUCGACGAUCAAGUACAUCAUCGUAUACCUGCCUCCAGGGUUCAUCGUUCCCGAUUGCACGAAACCCGAGCUAGUCUUUCACAGCGCCGCGACGGUUUAUUAUUUCCCCACAGGAGCAACAGAAGAAGUCGUGCAACAGGAAGCAUGGAAGCAGAAAGGUUGUGGUGAUGGGCAAUGGAAGGAUGUGGAGUUCCAUAAGAUACAGUCAAAGCAAGUGUUCAAGAAAGCGAUUGCAGAUAUGUGGGAAAAGAUGGGACUUAGCUGGGAUAUCCUGACACGGGGAUACUGGGACUUUGGUGAGAAGAAUGAUGAUGGAGACAUGUAUAUGGUCAACGACAACAACCUCUUUCUUAUGAACCGCACACGGGAGGUAGCUGUUCCACAUAUCCGGGGCGGAGCCGGCGAUGAACCAAUCCAGACAUCAUGGCCUAUCGACGAAGACGACUCAUUAGGUGAGUUCAAGCGUAUCUACGAUAGCCUCAUGGAAGAAGUUAGGAUCGCUCUCGUGGUAGAUUCUCCGGAACAACGUGUACAAGCUUGGAUGACCGUGGCCACAGCGGCCGAAACGCGCAAUUCCUCUCUCGAACGCGAACUUGAGACCUUUCGGGAGAUGAACGAUAGCCUCAUUCAAGAUCUACAGUGGCAUAUGGAUGUACAAGUGGACUUGGAAGAGCGGCUAGAGGCUGCAGAAGCAGACAAAAGGGCUAUGGCUGACGAGUACCAGAACCUUAGGACACUUCUUCAUCAUCUAGUGGCGGAUAGUGAUAUCCCUGUCGCUUGUACCUGUGGGCAAGAAACAAUUCCGGCUUACGAGGAUCGCAAUAGGUCGCCAGGUCUGGAAACGAAACGAGGUGGUGACAAGGAAGCAUUGCUACAAACAAGACCGACGAGUGGUGCUGAGACCGGACAGAAUGUUGCGGCAACAGCGCCAUCUGAUUCUUCUUGUUCGAUCACUGUUGCUGCAGCCAAAUCUUUCGUCUACUACCCACCAAGAUCUACAAUCGUUUUCCCCGAUACUCCUCCACGUAUCUACCUAUUUCCCUACAAUUCCACAUUACCAGAGAUCUACGAGAUGCUCAAAAAGGGGAGUGGAAGGGAAGAUCUCCGAGAUGAUCCGCACAUUGCGCGCAUCCUGGAAAUUAUAAAGAUCCGCGAAGAUAUGGGUAUCUAUCUACCUGAAGAUGUAAGCGAUGAGCGAAUCACUAUUAAUAUACCAAAAACUCUUACAGGGUGCCAACUGGAUUGCAAGACGAGAAUAAUUGCGUGGCAGGUGUCGAACGCAGAUGAGGGAAGCCCUGAGAAGCCCAUAGAGAAGCUUGUUUUUCAACCGAGUGCAGAUAAGUCGAACGAUGAUACCCGGACUAAUAGUGCGUCGAGCGAAGGAGAGAAGGACUAUUACCAAGAUAUUGGGGACUUGGUGAACUCGUUUGAUGAUCCAGCCGAUACUGACAAUACGAUCGACUGGCUAAGAUCCUGCGCAUGCCGGACCCGUUCCGUGCACGGUAGUGAGUCGUACUAUAAGAUUCCCCAUCCGCAAUCAUCAACUAUCUCUAAGCCACCACCUAUGGUAUCGGUGCGUGGCGGUGGUAGUGACCCAGAGUAUUGGUCUCACACUUCAUAUAACCACCGAAAAUCUCCGCUCUAUUACCCACAACUGACUCCUCCGUCAAGCGCACCUCCGAAUACCCCAGCGUCUUACAGCACUAUUAAGCCACCGCCUUGUCGCGUACUCAAAGCUGAAGAGAUUGCCAUUUCAAAGGGACCAUUGAGCCAACGACUUGGCCAUCUCGUGUUCCCUCCCAAAUUCAUGCAACAGCGUGAAGAUGAUAUCCGUCGCUUCGACUGGCAACAUAUCAGGAGACUGAGCUCUCAGUUCAAGGACAAAAGCUCCAGGGGCUUCAGGUACACUAAAAGUGCACACUGUGAGGAGUGGGCUGCGCAGUUAGAUAAACAUCGAGAACAUUGCGACUAUUGCCAGAGAGUCUUUCUUGAAGAAGAAUAUGCCUCUAGUGACCAGAGUCUUAGGCAUGAAGAGGAGGCUCCGAAGCCGACGAGCGGAGCUCUUAGACCAUGGAAGAAGAGAAACUUGCCGCAGAAGAGUGUCGCCGCAUCUGUGACCGCUGUUGUAGAGGAUCUCGAUCCGCACUUGAGGGGUGGUGCCGGUCGCGAGGCAGACCUUGAGUACGGUAGCGAGGACUGGCGAUGUGAGUGGGAUGAUUUGGCGAGCCAAACGCGAAGCGCAGGCUACCGGCCUCGUGCUUUCCGCAACUCUAGCACUCUUUCCACAGAGACAGUGAAAUCACCUCCUUCGCCUGUUGAUCGCGCCGUCACGUCACGUCGCUGGCCUCAGCAACCAGAUCUGUGUACUGCCAUGGAGUUUAUAAGAGACGGACCCACUAUCUCGAAGCUUGAAAGAAUGCAUAUGAAUACAUCAGAAGCACGUGCAGGUAAGUUACUCCUUUCGCCGCGCUACAUUGGCUCUGACAACCUGACUGGAUCAAAGACUAGACACCCAGUGUUACUAGAAACCGGAGCAGCAAAGGGCGAAUUAGUUCGAGAGAGGCCGUUCACGAGAUCUCAGCGCCUUCAAUAUGGAACUUCUAAGGGCGUGUUUGUUCCAGAAAGCGACAGUGUGUUAGAUCUCAGAGCUGAGAGUUGGUUGAAGAACCCUCAGCCAGCUCCACCUCCGCCAAUCUACCGCCGCUCUGUGUCAUCGAGCCAAUAUUACCAGCAGCCACAUGAUAUUGACCUCACGAAGGUGCAUGAAUCGGAUUGUUCUAUGCGAUUCGACGCGAUUCCGAGAGAAUUAUCAUUUCGGAGUGACCGACACCAGGUGUUUCCGAUGGGGAGUGAUUUCCCAGGGAAUAUACUCAGAAUUAGAAGUCAAAAGACAUUCAGAAACGUACAUCUGUCAGCAACGCGGAGUGAUGAGGUGCAUGAAGAACAUGUUAGCCCCAGGCCCACGGAAGAGCCUAUGCCUUCAUCACCUAAGCCACAACGAGUAUUAAGGAAGAUAUACAAGCAAUAUACAGCGCUUUUAGCCAUGUUUCUAACUUGUCUCAACAAGCUGCGACGAAGAUUUCUGGAGAAGAAGCCAAAGAAGAGUGCUUCGAGCUCACCCACCAGAGCACCAGCAGCGCCAGCACCCUCCCGAAUGGGCUGGGAGGCUCGGUAUAUGAACCGUGGAUGUCCUCCCUUGAUAUUCGACAAGUCCCUUCCGCCGACGCCUCACGCAUCGACUUCAGCCUUUGAUCUGCAUCCUGUGCCUAAGAAAAAGUUUCCUGCUGCGAUCCAUCUUGAACAUAAGGAGAAAGCGCGUGCAGUGUCUUGGGCAUCUAUAUCGACUAUCGAACGCGCACAGUAUAUUGCGCAGGCACGGGAUCGUGCAAACGGGGACUUCGUCAAAGAGGAAGGGGGUGAGUGGCGUGUACCAACUGUGGCCGGACCAUCGGAUUUAGUAAAGGAGGCACUCAUGUGGCUGAGAUAUGAAAAGGAAUCGGGAAAGAUGGGAAAAGCAGUGUUUGAAGGCAGUAUGAGAGACGAUGGUUUGUGA